AUGGAGGUUCCCGUAACUUUGAGUAGAACUUCUUUAACAUCUUGUCCUUCUCCUCCUCCUCCUCCUCCACCUCCCAUAGUGUCCCAGCUCGCUUUAACAUCAGUACAAGGUAAAGGGCAACAACCAUCACCCUCCAUUGAUAAAUCAUUCACAGCUUUGCCUAUGCCGCCUCCACCUCCUCCUUUCUCAGGGGUAGCUCCAUUGACCACUAUCAACAAGUCAUUGCCUCCUCCGCCUCCUCCUUUCGUGGGGGUAGCUCCAUUGCCCACUAUCAACAAGUCUUUUCCUCCUCCACCACCUCCACCUCCUCCUUUCUCAGGGGUAGCUCCAUUGCCCAACAUCAAGAAGACAUUUCCCACUCACCCACCCCCUCCUCCCCCUCUACCACCCACUUCUUCCUCUUCGCCGGUUCAGUCUCCCUCCAUUAAGAACUCAUUUUCAACUCCUCCGCCUCCUCCUCCUCCUUUAUGUCCUGGGCCAGCCUCAAGCCCUAGUACUAUAUCCUCAGCACUGCCGCCACCCCCCCGUCCUCCCAGUCUUGCUCUGAAGGAUCCAUUGUCUAGGAAUUCACCCCAUGGUCCACCUUUACCACCUCCUCCUGCUCCGUUUACCAAUGGGCUGUCAAAAACUGGUGGCGCCUCUCGACAAUCUCAUGCAGCGGGCAGUAAUGGAAAUAUUCCUCCGAUUCCAGGACCACCUUUGAGCACAAAGGGAAGGCUGCCAUUGCGGGCUAAUUCCAGGAAUCAGGAUCAGUCAAAAAAGGCAUCCCUGAAGCCAUAUCAUUGGUUGAAGUUGACAAGGGCCAUGCAAGGAAGCUUAUGGGCUGAGACGCAAAAAUCUGAUGAAGCUUCCAAGGCUCCUGAGUUUGACAUGACGGAACUUGAGAGUCUUUUUGCGGCAACAAUUCCAACUAAUGGAAGCACUGGUGGGAAAUCAAAUCGUCGUGGGUCGGGACCUAAAUCUGACAAAGUCAAUCUGAUUGACCUCAGACGGGCAUAUAAUUGUGAAAUCAUGCUUACAAAAGUUAAGGUUCCUUUGCCUGAUUUGAUGGGUUCAGUCCUUGCUUUGGAUGAUUCAGCAUUGGAUGUUGAUCAGGUUGAUAAUCUUAUAAAAUUCUGUCCGACGAAAGAAGAAAUGGAACUUCUCAAGAACUACAACGGCGAGAAGGAGAUCUUAGGAAAAUGUGAACAGUUCUUCCUAGAGUUGAUGAAAGUGCCACGAGUAGAGUCAAAGCUAAGAGUAUUCUCAUUUAAAAUACAGUUCCGCAGCCAGGUUUCUGAACUUAGAAAUAAUUUGAAUAUUGUAAAUUCUGUAGCUGAUGAGAUCAGGAAUUCAGCCAAAUUGAAAAGAAUUAUGCAAACUAUUCUUUCACUGGGGAAUGCCUUGAACCAUGGGACUGCAAGAGGUUCUGCUGUUGGAUUUCGAUUGGAUAGUCUUCUCAAACUUACAGAUACCCGAGCCAAAAACAACAAAAUGACUCUCAUGCACUAUCUGUGCAAGGUGCUCGCUGAGAAACUACCAGAACUACUAGAUUUUGUGACAGAUCUCAAAAGUUUGGAGGCUUCAACAAAGAUCCAAUUGAAAUAUUUGGCAGAGGAAAAGCAAGCGGUUAGCAAAGGGAUAGAAAAAGUUCUUCAGGAGCUAACUGCAUCAGAAAAUGAUGGUCCUGUGUCUGAAAACUUUUGCAAGAUUUUGAAGGAGUUUCUUGGUUUUGCUGAAGCUGAAGUGAGAUCUUUGGCUCCACUUUAUUCUGGAGUGGGAAGAAAUGCAGACGCGUUGGCUCUUUACUUCGGAGAAGAUCCAGCCCGUACUCCGUUUGAGCAAGUUGUUUCUACUCUACUUAAUUUUGUGAGAACAUUUGUCCGAGCCCAUGAUGAAAAUCUCAAGCAAAUUGAGCUGGAAAAGAAGAAGGCUCAGAAGGAAGCAGAAAAUGAGAACAUGAAAGCAAGUACCCCGAAAAAGGGUGCAGAAACUGAGAAGACGAAGACAAGUGGCUCCGAAAAAGGAAUCUUUAAAUGAGAAAAUGGAAACAAUUUCUCCCAAAAGGCAUGACUGCCAUCAAGAAUAGUAACAUCAAUUAAUCAAGCCCCUUUUACGAUUUAUUUAAUUGAUCAACAGAUACAUGUGAGCUGGAAUGCAAGUUUGAUGUAUAUUUACAAUUAAAUGGGGACGAUUAUAAAUUUGAUGGCAGAAUAAGCCAGCAGUUGAAGUCUUACAAUUCCCCGAGGAUUUAACGCAACUACUUGUACUCAUCACAAGUGAGGGAGUGGAAAUUCGUGGUUGCUGCAUCAGCUGUAAGAUAGUUUUCGACAGUUUGUUUUUUAAGGUAUCUAUUGUAGUUUAGUCAUUUAAAUUCCUCUAUAGUGAGUUUAUAAGGUAUCUUUCAUAGUUUAGUCGUUUAUUCUUUUCUUGUAUUAGUCAAUCUGUAAAUUUUGCCUCAUGUAUGCUGUGUUAUAGAUUCACGUAUACAUACAAUGAGUAGUAAAACUUUCAAAGGAAAUCUUCCAACUUUUGGAUUUGCAAUAUGUUUGUCUAGAUUUGAGGUGAUUAGCGACGGAAAACCUCGUUCUUCAAAGUCUGUCUGGACCUGAUAUUCAAAUCCCACUUUUAA